AUGGUUCAAAUAACUGAUACAAAUCAUUUAAACGAGAUGUAUUAUCCAAGUGGAGAGUCAGAUUUAGCAAUGAUGCAAAUUGAUACACAACCAGGAACAGUAUUUUCACAUGAUGAAGAUAUGACGCAAUUACAACAAAAAAUUUCAGAUCUGAAAGUCGAACCUAAUUUUGCGAUAAAACGAUUUCAUGAAGACACUAGAGAAUUAGGUAUUUACUCACAACAUAUGGACAUCAAAGAACCCUUGUCAACGUUAAAAAGUUUACUGCAAAAUAAAUUAAACUUUGAUCUAAAUGGUUUUCAAUUUUGGCUUAUGGAUACCCAACUUUUGGAGAGGCAUCAAAUUUUAGUUAACGAGUGCUUCCAAAGUCGAGGUCUUGUGGAAAUUAAUGUGCAGAUAAACCGGACACAGAAAAGAAUAAAUAUUGUUAAUGUUUUAAAGCCGCAUUAA